UCAGUUGUGGUCCGUUCCUCGUGAAGGUAAUACACCUGGCAAACUGUCGCGACAUAGCCGUGUGGCAUAGAUGUCACAGAGCUGUGAAUUCAUCAUCUCCCAACCACCGUCCGGUCGGAUACCCGGUGUUCCUUCGACGCGCCACACGCCGAUGAAUCGAUCACGAUGAACAAGCAAGGAAGACAGAACGCGGCUUUCGUCGGAGACGAUGGGCACGCGACCACCGAAUUCGGCAGUGUCAAGUUUCAAGAAAAACCCCUCGGCUUCGAUUACGGAAUCCAGAAUGACGGGAAAUUGCCAUUAUCCUUGUCGGUUCCGGAAGAAUUGUCGGUGACGGAAAACGAAGCUGAGAGAGCAACAUGGGGCAACGGAUUGGAAUUCUUGAUGUCCUGCAUCGCGAUGUCCAUCGGUCUCGGCAACGUUUGGCGAUUCCCGUUCACGGCUUACGAGAACGGCGGCGGAGUUUUUCUGAUACCUUACAUCAUCGUCUUGUUCCUCGUUGGGAAACCGUUCUAUUAUCUGGAAAUGAUCAUGGGACAGUUCUGCAGCCGAUCGUCCGUGAAGAUGUGGGCGGCAGUUCCUGGUUUCCGGGGAGUCGGCUGGACGCAAAUGUUCUCGACGAUCGCCGUGGGAACUUACUAUUGCUCCUUGAUGUCCAUAACGCUUUUCUAUCUGAUCGGAAGCUUCCAGUCUCAGCUACCUUGGUCCACGUGCGCGAAAGAAUGGGGCGACUCCUGCGUGGAUUCGAAGGGAUCCUACAACAUCGUCGAUACGAAGCCGAUCCCGAUGGAACGAAACCGCACGAUGAUAAGCUCCGCCGAAUUAUAUUUCAGAAAAGUCGUGUUGAAGGAGAAGCGAAGCAUCGACGACGGAAUCGGGCUUCCUGAUUGGAAGCUGACCCUCUGCCUUUUGCUCGCGUGGUGCUGCAUAUUCGCUGUACUGGCACGUGGCGUGAAGAGCUCAGGGAAAGCGGCCUAUUUCCUCGCGAUCUUUCCUUAUAUCAUCAUGAUUAGCCUGCUCGUAAGAGCGGUUACGUUGGAAGGCGCGGUGAACGGGAUCGUCUUCUUCGUAAAACCGGACUGGGGGAAGCUGUUCGACGCGAACGUCUGGUACGCCGCCGUCACCCAGUGUUUCUUCUCCCUCUCGGUCUGCUUCGGCGGCGUUGUCAUGUACUCGUCGUACAACGAUUUCAGGCACAACAUAUACAGAGACGUUAUAGUCGUAACGACUUUGGACACGUUCACCAGCUUAAUGGCCGGUUUCACAAUUUUCGGUAUACUCGGCAAUUUGGCUCACGAAUUGGGCACCGAGGACAUCAGUAACGUCGUCAAAGGUGGAACCGGUCUCGCGUUCGUCUCUUAUCCAGAUGCCAUUGCCAAGUUCACCGUGCUGCCGCAGCUGUUCUCGGUACUCUUCUUCCUGAUGCUGUACGUGCUCGGAAUCGGAAGCGCCAUAGCCCUCGCCGGUUCCCUCAUCACCAUCAUCAGUGAUCAAUUCCCAAAUUGGAGAUACCUGUACAUAGUGCUUGGCACUUGCACAGUUGGAUUCUGCGCCGGCACUAUUUACUGUACACCGGGUGGACAGUUCAUGUUGGAGUUGGUCGACUACUACGCGGGAUCUUUCAUAGUGUUCAUUCUAGCAACGUUAGAGAUCACCGGUAUCUUUUGGAUAUACGGAUUGGAAAACUUUUUGGACGACGUCGAGUACAUGUUGAAGAGGAGACCGUCGGUUUACUGGAGGCUCUGUUGGGGCGUCUGUACACCUCUUUUACUUGCUGUGAUCUUAUUUUAUACUUUAGCCACUCUGAAACCCCUCACGUACAGCGGAAUCUCAUAUCCCGAUAGCGCGCACGCUGCUGGAUGGGCCAUUUGUGCCUUUGGCGUUGCCCAAAUCCCCUUCUGGAUGAUUUAUACUAUGAUCUCUAAGAGAGGUUCGAAUCUGAUCGAGACCGUCCGGUCAACUUUCGAACCAUCCUCGAAUUGGGGACCGAAGAAUUCAAAGGAGCUGGCCUCCUGGAGGGAGUUCAAAGAGACGAGGAGAAAAAUUCGAGAGAAGCGGCAGUGCUCGAAGAUCAAACAGUUCGUCUACGUGCUACUCUGCUGGGAGGAUAAAUUAGCCUAAUAAGAAAAGAUUCGCCUCGUUCGUUGUAAUUUACCUGAUUCUCAGGUAAAUCAUUAAGGUCGUCCGUCGUGAUCCGCUUGCCGCCCAAAGGAAUUCACGCGUACGCUCGCAUUCCACGAAUAAUAAAGAUCAUCGCACUGAUCCGUAGAUAAACCAAAAGAAGGAGAUCAUCGACGCGCGCGUUCGGUAAAAAUUAAUCUUGACGAGUCUUUGGUGCGACGAUAAAAUAACGAUAGUACCGCAAGAAGAUUUAAAGAAAUCUUCGUAUAGCAACGAAAGCGUUGCUGUACGAAUCUCAGUAUUAUUUAAGUGAAAUGAUUCUCACGCUUUUUCUUCACUGCCAUAGGAAUUACUCGAGCGAAUCAAAUUUUAUUUAUCGACGUUCGAACGCUCGCACGGAUCAAAUGGAUUUUAGAUUUUCGUAUCGCUUCAGUAUUUUUACUUUUGUAACAGCGUUAGGUACAACACGCAAAGUAGAUAGUAAUCAUUCGUCCCGCAAAAAGCUCUGAUAAUCGAACAAUCCUUCUUCCUCUUCCUCUUCCUCUUCCUCUACUCCUUCGAACUCGAACGUCUCCUCCUCCAUGUCCUUUUUUCAACGAUAAUGUACGAAUAUUUUUGUAAUAAUUGUUGCACCGAUUUUGACGAAUGUACGAUUUUUAUAGAAAUAUAAGCAUC